CGGCGGGAGCGGGCCGGCACCGGCAGGGCGCCGCGGGGCCCGGGGCGGCCGCAGCAUGGCCGGGAUGGAGCCGUGGAAGCAGUGCGGGCAGUGGCUGAUCAGCUGCAAGGUGCUGCCGCCCAACCACCGGGUCACCUGGGACACGGCACAGGUCUUCGACCUGGCGCAGACGCUGCGCGACGGCGUGCUGCUCUGCCAGCUGCUCAACAACCUGCGCGGCCACUCCAUCAACCUCAAGGAGAUCAACCUGCGCCCGCAGAUGUCCCAGUUUCUUUGCUUGAAGAACAUAAGGACUUUCCUUUCAGCAUGUUGUGAAAUAUUUGGGAUGAAGAAAAGUGAACUUUUUGAAGCAUUUGAUUUGUUUGAUGUGAGAGACUUCGGAAAGGUGAUAGAAACACUCUCAAAACUUUCCCGCACGCCUAUUGCAAUAGCAACAGGAAUAAGACCUUUCCCUACGGAAGAAAGUGUUGAUGAUGAAGAUGUCUACAAAGGUCUUCCUGAUUUAAUAGAUGAAACUGGUGUUGAUGAAGAUGAGGAGCUGUACGACUGUGUCUAUGGAGAAGAUGAAGGCGGAGAGGUUUAUGAAGACCUAAUGAAAGAUGAAGCAGCACAACAACCCAAAUACACUGAAAAUGAUAUAAGAAGCUGUUGUCUCGCUGAAAUAAAACAAACUGAAGAGAAAUACACGGAAACUCUGGAAUCAAUAGAGAAAUUUUUCAUGGUGCCAUUGAAAAGGUUUCUGUCAGCAUCAGAGUUUGAUACUGUUUUCAUCAACAUUCCUGAUUUGGUGAAAAUUCACAGGAGUCUCACACAGGACAUCAAUGAUUCCAUUAUUAACAAAAAUGACCAAAACCUGUAUCAAAUAUUUAUUAACUACAAGGAAAGAUUGGUUAUUUAUGGACAGUACUGCAGUCAAGUGGAGAUAGCCAUAUCAUGCUUAGACAACAUCUCUAAGACAAAAGAAGAUGUUAAACUGAAGUUAGAGGAAUGUUCCAAGAGGGCUAAUAAUGGGAAAUUUACGUUGCGGGAUCUUUUAGUGGUUCCAAUGCAAAGAGUGCUGAAAUAUCACCUACUGCUCCAGGAGCUGGUAAAGCACACUACUGAUUCCAUGGAGAAGGCAAAUCUGAAACUGGCACUUGAUGCAAUGAAGGACUUGGCUCAAUAUGUAAAUGAAGUGAAGAGAGAUAAUGAAACACUCCGUGAAAUUAGACAAUUUCAACUAUCAAUAGAGAAUUUGAAUCACUCCCUCUUACAGUAUGGAAGGCCUCAAGGUGAUGGGGAAAUAAGGAUCACUACAUUAGACAAACGUGCAAGGCAAGACAGGCAUAUCUUCUUGUUUGAUCUAGCCGUAAUUGUUUGCAAACGGAGAGGUGAUAAUUAUGAAAUGAAGGAAAUAAUAGAUCUUCAGAAAUACAAAAUUACAAAUAAUCCCACUACUGAUAAAGAAAAUAAAAAGUGGUCUUACGGCUUCUACCUCAUUCAUAUCCAAGGUCAAAAUGGCUUAGAAGUUUAUUGCAAAACUAAAGAUUUGAAGAAAAAAUGGCUCGAACAAUUUCAGAUGGCUCUGUCAAAUAUACGACCAGACUAUGCGGACACAAGCUUUCAUGAGUUCAAAAUGCAUACUUUCAGUCGUGUGACAUCUUGCAAGGUCUGUCAAAUGCUUCUGAGGGGAACAUUUUAUCAAGGCUAUUUAUGCUCUAAGUGUGGAGCUGGAGCACACAAAGAAUGCUUAGGAAGAUUAGACAAUUGUGGCAGAGCUAAUUCAGGUGAACACGGGAACCUGAAACAUGAGAAACGAACGAAUGGAAUUAGAAGAAACUCCAGACACGUGGACCCAGGUUUACCAAAAAUGCAAGUAAUUCGAAACUACAAUGGAAUACCACAACCAGCGCCACAAGAUGGUCCACCGUUGCAUAUCCAGAUUGGGGACACUAUUGAACUCAUUACAGGCGAUGCGCAUAGCUUAUUUUGGCAGGGCAGAAAUCUAACAACAGGAGAGCUUGGCUUCUUCCCAAGUGAUGCAGUAAAGCCUAGCCCAUGUGUUCCUAAACCAGUAGACUAUUCGUCACAACUGUGGUUUGCAGGAGCAAUGGAAAGAUUACAAGCAGAGAGUGAGCUUAUUAACAGAGUAAACAGCACUUACCUGGUGCGGCACAGAACCAAAGAGUCAGGAGAAUAUGCGAUUAGUAUUAAGUACAAUAACGAAGUGAAACACAUCAAGAUUUUAACAAGAGAUGGCUUUUUCCACAUUGCAGAAAAUAGAAAAUUUAAAAAUUUAAUGGAACUUGUAGAGUACUAUAAGCACCACUCUCUCAAAGAAGGCUUUCGAAGUCUGGAUACUACUCUUCAGUUUCCAUAUAAAGAAUCUGAAAACUCAUCGGGUCAAAGGAGUAGCAGAACAGGUGGCAACUUGUUAAGCCCAAAGGUGAUAGGCAUUGCCAUAGCCAGGUAUGACUUCUGUGCAAGAGACAUGAGAGAGCUGUCCUUACUGAAAGGGGACGUUGUAAAGAUUUAUACGAAGAUGAGUGCUAAUGGCUGGUGGAGAGGUGAAGUAAAUGGAAGGGUGGGCUGGUUUCCAUCUACUUAUGUUGAAGAGGACGAAUGAAUUAAAUUUUCCUCUGCUGACCAGCAAUUUCAGGGAUUGUAAAAUUUAAUAACUUUAAAGUGUUAUUGGUCUUGUUAAGUAUUUAAGCAGCAGCGUUUUUGUCUGUCUGAACCUUCCAGUCUUAAUGUUGGGAUUUAUAACGAAAUUUCUGCUGACAGAAUAUUACCUUGCCCAGAGCUGUGCAAGAAACAACCUGCCAUUUUGCCAUCACUGGAGAUCAGUACAAAGUCCAAACUUCGCCUUCCCAGAAGAUCUCUGGAAAACAAAUUUCUUUAUUCUUAUUUCUCCCUGUAGUACACCAUGAAUACUAGCUAUGGCUGAAUAAUAGGUCUUUAGACCUUUAGAAUAGUAGACUUUAAUAAGUCUAUUUUCUUCUUGCUAACACCUGUGAUGGUACAAGGAGAUGAAGGCUUACUAUUCCUUAUCACCGCAUGCAGAAAACAGAGUUCAGUCAUUCCAGUAGGCAUAGACUUGUCUUGAAACAUCAAACCACCUUACUUAGCACCUUCUAUAUAGUUUUACACUCAAAAGAACCCCAGAACCCAAAACAAAAAAAACA